ACCGGCCUAAGACUCAACCCGCUGUAAAAGCAUUAAAAAGUCCAAAGCACCCCUUCAUAUUAUAGGAAAAUUACAUUCCAACCCCAAUAUUUUCCGACCCAAAAACCUGAAAUCUACAGUUUGGCGUUACUAGGGUUUUGCACGCACUGCAGCGAAAAGAGGAAAGGGAUGAUUGGGAGGAGGUUUAUUUCGUUUUUGAGGCGCAAUUCUUCUCCUUCUAGCAGCUCGGCGGAAGUCGUGGUGGGGAAGGAAGCAAAACCCAAGACAUGGGGCCGAAGAAUUGUUUCCGGUGGCUUGAUCUGUGUCACCGGCGGUGUUGCUUUAAGCGCCCUUGAUGACCUUAUCAUUUAUCAUGGUUGUAGCAGCAAAGCCAUGGAGAAGGCAAGCAAAAACCAGGCAGUAAUAGAUGCAAUUGGGGAGCCAAUUGCAAGAGGUCCUUGGUAUAAUGCAUCACUUGCAGUGACUCACAAAAGGCACUCUGUUUCUUGCACUUUUCCUGUUUCUGGGCCACAAGGCUCUGGAAUCUUUCAACUAAGGGCUGUUCGCAAUGGAGAAGAGAACUGGCUUUCAUUUUUCCGACCACGUGACUGGGAGAUUUUAAUAAUGGAAGCUCUCUUACAUGUUCCUGAAAAUGAAGAAAAGAAUAGAACUUUCAGAAUUAGCAUAGCAGAUGAUUUAUCUCUUCCACCAGCAUGCCAGACAUGUGUCACUGGUUGCACAAGAACUCAAGAACCAGAUGCUUCCGGAAAGACACAUCCUCAACCUACACCCACCUAGUAUUGCUCACUUUUGACAUCCUUAAGUUUCACACAUAAUUCAGCUGCUUUUCUCAAUAAAAUUUUUGCUUCUAAAAUCUAAACUAUACACAUUUAAUACAAUCGUUGCUGUUCCUGUGUCCUGAUAACUUGUAUGCCCUUUUUACCCCUGUUUUAUCAUUUUUUUAUUUUAUGUUUUCAUAGACUAUGUUCUAUAUGAUAUCAUUGUACCACACGAUAAAUUUAUGGUCCGUGAC